AGCCACGGACAGUCACGACACACGCCUCUCCCAGAGAGCUUCUCGGCUGUGACGGGCUGGUCUGGACGCACUGCGAGUGGCUGGCCGCGGAACGGGUACACGUGGCGAUAAGAUACGCCUCCAGUGCUUAUAACACUCAGCGGCAGGACGGAGUUUGUCAUCUGUCUUCGAGAACACUACUUGUGCCCGACGAUGAAGGUCCUCCUGCUACUGCUGGGGGUGGGGGCGGCGGUGGCGUCGGACUUUCCGUGCCCUAGCCUCAGUGAUAUUUAUCCUUGCGACUGCACCGUAGGAACGUCCGGAGAGCCCGACUUGGACUGUUCUGGAGUUGUAAGCAAUGACGAACUGGAGCGUGUUUUUCAGGCCUCUUUUCCAUAUACGCAAGUCAACAACCUAAUCAUCCAACCUGUCAGUGGCCAUCCCGGCCUCACCGACAUCAAGAGUUACGUGUUCGGCGAAGUGUCGUUCAAGCACGUCACCAUCACCAACACGUACAUCCGCACCAUCGAGGAGGAGGCCUUCACGCCCUCCCACGACACCCUCAUCAAACUCGACGUCAGCAGCAAUGAGAUCGACACCUUCCCAUAUGAGUCGAUGGGAUUGUACAACCACCUCCGCAUCCUCGACUUAUCCAACAACAGGCUGUCGUCCCUGCCCAACCUUGAGUCCCCCUCACUGCUCAGCCUCGACCUCUCGCAAAACGUGGGCCUCACAAUCACCGAAGACACGUUCGUCGGGUUGGUUGAGCUGGAGGCGCUGUACCUCAGCCGGAUGGGCAUCGCGUCACUACCACCCAACGUAUUCAGCACCCUCACAUACAUCAAGAUCCUCGACCUCUCCGACAACAACCUGGCAGGGAUUCUGGAGCAAGGCGUCGUCCGCGUUCCUCUCGACUCCCUCGAAGAACUGAUGCUAAACGACAACGCUCUCACGCAGAUACACUCCUCAGCCAUCACCGGCAUGGACAGGGUGGGGACGAUCGACUUCAGUAAUAACAAGCUAACGGCGCUGGACUGGGACAACUGGUACCCUCUUCGACCAGCUUACCGGCGUGCAGGUGAUCGAUGUUUCAGGCAAUCAGCUGGUCUGUGGAUGCGAUGUGCUGUGGCUGCUUUUGGACUCAGAUAAUUUGGACAAGGUAAAAGACUCUGCCACGUGCAGCGACGGGAUUCCUCUCAAAGACACGGACACCGCCCCGCUGCUGAUCUUAUGCUAAAGCGACGGAGGAGGAGGCAGCGGCGAGGGCGGGGGUGGUGGUGGUAGUGGUGGCGCGGUGUUAGGCAGACUUAUCUCACUGUUAUGUCUUAUUAAUUCCUCUCACGACCCAGUUAUAGCAAGCCUCUUCAGUAUCUAAGGGUGUGCUUCUCGCCGCCUGGGGUUUAGUUAUUUAUCUGUGAAGGAGUGACGACCCAGCGAGUAGUCUAAUGAAACCCAGUACUCUGAAGGUUUCUCUCUAUCUGUCUAUUUGUCUAUCUCUAUCUCUCUCUCUCUAAACAUCCACAGAAGGCAGAAGAAGGGCUAAUACAAAAUAAAAUAGCCCUUUCCCCGCUCUUAAAAAUCCACCACAUUCUGCUCCCGAAAGAAGUGCUUUGUAGAGGAUUAGGAAUACUGAGAUAAAUAAAUAUAUAGAACAUG